CGGUGCUGACGCGGCGGCGCGCACCGGCGGCCAUGGAGGCGGAGGGGGAGCUGCUGGCGGCGCGGCCGGCCCUGGAGAGCGACGGGCUGCGUUUCCUGCACGCCUCGGUGGGCUCCCUGCUGGCCGCCUACGGCUGGUACCUGGUGGUCGCCUGCGUGCUGCUCUACGCGCUAGCCCAGAAGCUCGCCCCGCGCUUUCGGGCCCUGCGGCAGACGAGGCUGGACCGAGCGGCCGCCGCCGACGUGGAGCCUGACACGGUGGUGAAACGUCAGGAGGCCUUAGCGGCUGCUCGGCUGCGCAUGCAGGAAGAGCUCAACUUGCAGGUGGAGAAGCACAAGGAGAAACUCAAGCAGCUGGAGGAAGAAAAGAGGCGGCAGAAGAUUGCGCAGUGGGACAACAUGCAGGAAGGCAGGAGCCGCAAGGCUGCCAGCCAUCAACAGGAAGGAGACGAUUCGUCAGCGUCCUCAGGCCCCCCAAAACGGAGGUCAGACCGGAAGCCUUUGCGGAGUGGGGGUUACAACCCGCUGUCGGGUGAAGGCGGGGGCUCCUGUGCCUGGAGACCGGGACGCCGGGGCCCAACCUCAGGGGGAUGAGGCUAAAGGUCCGGUUGGCAUCUCGCGGAUGCCAGCCGCUCCCCACCCUUGUUGCUGCUGUCCACGCAUUGUUCACAGUGACUCUUGGAGUGGGGUCCAACUGGCCUCUGCCCCUGCCUGCUUGGGGGUCAAUGGGUCGGGCCACUGCUGGCUGCAAGGAAGGAAACCUCGGAAG